CCUCAGUUAGUACAAGCCUGCUUCCAUGGUGAUCCAGAUGAAGUCCGAGCAUUGCUUUACAAGAAAGAAGAUGUCAAUUACCAGGAUGCUGAGAAGAGAAGCCCAUUACAUGCGGCAGCGUACUGCGGAGAAGCGGAGAUCGCUGAUCUUCUGAUAAUGAGUGGAGCACGCGUUAACACUAAGGACAACAAAUGGCUGACUCCUCUCCACAGAGCAUGCUGUUCUAAGAGUGAUGACACAGUUGAAACAUUGCUAAGACACCAGGCGGAUGUGAAUGCGCGUGACAAGAACUGGCAAACUCCGCUACAUGUAGCAGCAGCGAACAAUGCCGUGAGAUGUGCCGAGUAUCUAAUACCGCUACUGACCAACGUCAAUGUAUCAGACCGCGCUGGGAGAACCAGUCUACAGCAUGCAUCAUUCAAUGGCCACAAAGAGAUGGCUAAGCUUCUGCUAGAGAAAGGAGCCACAAUAAAUGCAUUUGAUAAGAAGGAUCGCCGGGCCAUACACUGGGCGGCUUACAUGGGGCACACAGAGCUCGUCAGAUCUCUAGUGGAGUAUGGGGCAGAACUCAAUUGUAGAGAUAAACAGAUGUACACGCCCUUACACGCGGCGGCCUCUAGUGGACAGGUCAGUGUAGUCAAGCUCCUCCUAGAGCUGGGAGUGGAGGUGGACGCGGUCAACGUCCACGGAAACACCGCCCUCCACAUCGCAUGCCUGAACGGACAGGAUGUGGUGGUCACGGAACUCCUGCAGUUUGGAGCAUCCAUUAAUGCUGUGAAUCACAGGGGAAUGACUCCCUUACAUUAUGCGGCCUCGUCCACACACGGAGGGAUUUGUCUGGAGAUCUUAGUGACAGAGGGGGCCAAUACAAAGACACAGACACCAUCUGACUCCAAGGGACAAGAAAGUGAUAAAAAACCAAGGAAUAAGUGGGCAGAUAUUGAUGUGUGUGAUAAGUUUGGAAACACCCCCCUUCAUAUAGCGGCGAGAUAUGGACACGAGUUACUGAUAAAUACACUACUGGAGAAUGGAUCUGAUCCAAUGAAGCGGGGGACCAGUGGUAUGCUCCCGGUCCACAUCGCGGCUCUGAAUGGCCACGUGGACUGUGUGAAGAAGCUCCUGACUGCUAUGGUAGAUCUGGAAAUUGACAUCACGGACAACUUUGGUAGAACCUGUCUCCAUGGAGGGGCGUGUAGUGGGAGAGUAGAAGUGGUGGAUCUAUUGUUGAAGAUGGGAGCAGAUGUGCUGAGUGCAGAUCAUGAAGGGAGGGUGCCUCUACAUUAUGCCAGUGCUCACGUUCACAGUCAGUGUGUUAUCUCCCUUAUAAAUGCUGGCCGAGCGGCGGUCAACAUUACAGACAGACGAGGGUGUACACCGCUACACUACGCCUCUGCAUGGGACCACGAUGCAAAAGUUGUGGAACUGUUACUUAAGAAUGAUGCCAGACCAAGCAUAAGAGACCAUGAAGGUUUUAACACAUUACACUAUGCAGCUGUGAAGGGACAUCGGCUUACCCUAGAAAUGUUAUUAGAUUGUGCCUCAACAGAUUUAAUACGGAGUGGAGCUCCAUUGUCUCCAGCCCAUAUUGCGGCCUAUAAUGGACAUAAUGAAGCUCUACACAUACUAUUAGGCUGUAUUAUGAAUCUAGAUAUCCGAGACUCACAUGGCCGGACCAUGCUAGACCUGGCUUGUCUCCAUGGCCACGCAGAAUGUGUGGAGACCCUCUUACUGCAGGGGGCCGCUAUUUUGGUCCAGGACAGCACCACUAGAAGGACGCCACUUCACUCAGCAGCUAUGAAUGGGCAUACGGAAUGUUUACGGUUGCUAAUGGAAACAGCUGAAGACAGCAAUAUCGUAGAUUGUACAGAUGUUUAUGAAAGAACUCCAUUAAUGAUGGCAGUGGCCAAUGGUCACGUCGACACAGUGUUGUACCUCAUAGCUAAUGGUGCCAUAGUCAAUGCUAAAGAUAGCCAGGGGAGGACUGCUUUACAUAGAGGGGCUGCUAACGGACAUGAGGAGUGUGUUGAUGCCCUCCUACAUAAUGGAGCGGACGUUACUGUCCGCGACCACAGAGGCAGAAUGCCGGCGUACCUGGCUGCUACCUGUGGUCAGGUGUGCAUACUGUCCAAUCUCCUCGCGAUGGGACCCAGCAGUAGUAAAUCGGAGGACCACUUAGGUUAUACACCUUUACACAUAGCUUGUUAUAAUGGCCAAGACAACUGUGUGGAAACCAUUUUAGAACAAGAAAAAAUAACUGAGCUUUCAGGGAACCCCUUCUCACCUCUUCAUUGUGCUGUGAUAAAUGGAAAUGAUACUUGUACAGAAAUUUUAUUAGAAGCUUUAGGUGAUAAAAUUGUGAACUUAACAGAUAGCAAGGGAAGGACCCCCCUACAUGCGGCGGCCUUCAGUGACCAGUGUGAAUCUAUGCAAAUGUUACUUAACCAUGGGGCACUGGUCAACCACUGUGAUACAACGGGGAAAUCCCCCAUCAUGCUCGCUGCAGCCAAUGGCCACGCAGCAGCA